UCUCUACCCUCUUAUCUUCAAACCCUCUCUCCUAUUCUCUCUACUCAUCCCAAACUACCUACCUUCUUUCGGUCUUUGUCAAACAUGGCAGUCCGGAAAUACAACAAGCUUCCCCAAACCGCAGUCCUGAAGCAGAUCCUCAAACGAUGCUCGAGCUUGGGGAAGAAGCAACACGGCUACGACGAAGAUGGUCACCCCAUUGACGUCCCCAAAGGACAUUUCCCGGUGUAUGUGGGAGAGAACAGGACGAGGUACAUUGUCCCAAUCUCCUUCUUGACUCACCCUGAGUUUCAAUGCCUCCUCCGUCAAGCAGAAGAAGAGUUCGGCUUCGAUCACGACAUGGGCCUCACCAUUCCCUGCGAGGAAGUCGUUUUCCGUUCUCUAACUUCCAUGCUCAGAUGAACCGUCCAAGAGCGAGCUCGAGAGAUCGAUGGAGUUUCUUGAAGAAGAUGGCCAAGAUGAAGCUAUCCCCCUUAGCUUCUCUUUUUUUCACCAUCUUCCUUCAUUUUUUCCGUCGAUUUCAAGAUCUUUAUUCGUUUGAAUUCUUUUUAGGGGUGUUAUCCGGAGUGGUUUUCUACAAACCCUUUUGAUGUCUGAUUAGUGACUCUAACCUGGAAUCUAACCCAUGGACAUAUAAAUGGGUUUCAUUUUGUAUAAAGUUUGUGAUCGAUGGAUCGAUUUUCCUCACAGAGGUAGUUUGUCAAAUGCCCUGUGAGAGAAGCUAGUGUACUACUAUCAAUGAAAGACUGGAUCAUUUCCU